AUGGCUUCAGCACUGAAAAUCCUUUGGAAUAUUCAUAUCAAUAAGGAAAACUUGUGGAUCAAGUGGAUUCAUGGCACAUAUUUAAAACACAAUGAUGUGUGGCAUGUGCAAGCUAGAAAAGGGGAUUCAUGGAUGUGGAGACAAAUUCUGAAAGUGAGAGACAAGGCUCAAGGAUUAUAUAGGGGUACUGAUAACCUGAAACAACUCAUCUUUUCUUGUUCAAAAAAUUCAAAUAUUCGAUUAUCAGCUUUGUCUUCUGUUCUCUCCCCAACAACAAACUUAGUGCCAUGGCAUAGCAUAGUUUGGGAGAAAUUAAACUACCCCAAGCACUCUUUUGUGAGUUGGUUAGCAGUUCAAGAUCGAUUACUUACUCAAGAUAAAUUGAUCAAUAGGGGGAUUGUAAACAACAACAAUUGCUCUCUGUGCACUGAUACUGAAAACAGGAACCAUCUCUUCUUUGAGUGCUGUUUCUCAAGGGAUGUGUGGAUUAUGGUUAUGGAAUGGUUACAAUUCAAAUGGAAAUCUUGCAAUUGGGAUCAAAUCCUGAGCUGGUAUAGCGUCAGGUUUAGAGGGAAUGGAUUCAAACAGAAGAUUAAAAAGAUAGCUCUAACUUCUACAGUUUAUAGCAUUUGGUGUGAGAGAAAUGCUAGGAUUUUUAAGCAAAAGAGAAGAACUGCUGCUCAGCUUUUCAGAGAUAUAAAAAUUAACAUCAUGUCUAUUAUCCUCAAUGAUCACUUUCCAGAUGAGAUUAGAGAAUGGAUUUGUUCUCUAUGA